UGAGAAACUAUUUAAAAUGGCCGUGACCCAGACGUUACCCACGGUGUACGAAUAUUAUACCGGAGAUGGAAUUACCGCUGGUUUGUCAGAUCAACAGCCCUAUUUUACCCUUAACAACAAAAAUAUCACGAUAUACAGCGGCGCUUUCCAUUAUUUUAGAGUACCAAAAGCGUAUUGGAGAGAUAGAUUGAGAAAAAUGAGAGCCGCGGGGUUGAAUGCCGUCGAAACUUACGUACCUUGGAAUCUACACGAACCUCAAUCUGGUGUAUAUGAUUUCGGAAACGGUGGAUCAGAAUACGAAUCAUUCCUCGACGUAGCCGAAUUCUUAAAAACGGCACAAGAAGAAGAUCUACUAGCUUUAGUACGCCCAGGACCGUAUAUAUGUGCGGAAUUUGAAUUCGGAGGUCUUCCAAGUUGGAUUUUACGAAACACCACGUCGGUAAGGAACUCGCAGGAUAAUAAUUAUUUGAGCUACAUGAAGAGAUACUUCAACAUGUUACUACCGAUUCUAGCGAUGUUACAAUUUCAAAAAGGAGGACCGAUUAUAGCGUUCCAAAUAGAAAACGAAUAUGGGAAUACGGGACGCGAUGAUUUAUCUUAUUUGCAAGCGAUACAACAAAUUUACAAGGAUAAUAAUUUAAUUGAACUGUUUUACACGUCGGAUCCUCCCGGUGCUAAUGGAAGAGGAGCUAUACCGGGGGUAUUACAAACAGCUAAUUUCAAUACGAACCCUAAACAGAAUUUGGAUAAAUUGAAUACAUUGCAAUCUAAUAAACCCACAAUGACUAUGGAAUAUUGGACGGGAUGGUAUGAUCAUUGGGUAGAAGGUCAUCAUACUGUGGAUGUCGAAACUUAUAAACAACGUUUAUUAGAAAUUUUGGAUUAUCCUUCAUCGGUGAACCAAUAUAUGUUUGUUGGUAGUACGAACUUUGGAUUUCUGAAUGGUGCUAAUAGCCUCUACAGCGGUACCAACAAUUCUGGUUUACAACCUACAAUAACCAGUUACGAUUACGAUUCUCCAUUAACUGAAUACGGUGCUUACACAGAAAAAUAUAAUAUAGUUAAAGAAGCCAUAGCAGAACGUACCCCAGUGAAAUUUAGUAACCCGGAUCAACCAGAAUUAAUCCCAGUAAUACAAUAUUCUUCUAGACAUAUAGAUGGACAAAUAACAUUCAGUGAUCUAAUUAAUCAAGCUAAAGAUGUUAUAGAAAGUGAGGAUAUCAUCCCGAUGGAAAGUUUACCAAUAAACGGUCAUUCCGGACAAAGUUACGGAUAUAUUGUUUAUAGUAAGACAUUUACUGCAUCAGGAAAAGUUUCAAUAAGAAUCGGUGGUUACGUAAGAGAUACAGUAUUAGUAUUAAGUAAUGGUAAAUUAAUAUCUCCAGUACCACAAACUGCAAACGAUAUUAACGGUUUUGGAUUUUGGAGACUUGAAAAUUCUACUCUCGAUAUAGAAACCAACGAAGAAACUGCUGAAACAACUUAUAAAAUAGAUUUAAUAGUAGAAAACUUUGGUAGAAAUAAUUAUGGUGGUUUAGAUCAAUUCAGACAGUUUAAAGGUCUAACUGAAGAUGUUUAUUUGAACGGGAAUAAAUUAGUAAAUUGGAAAAUAAUUCCAUUCGAAUUUAAAAGAUCAUGGACUAAUUCUUUAACGAAUUGGCAACCCGUUGGAUCUAAGGAAGCGACUCCUGCUCUUUACAAGUUUACACUUAAACUUGACGAUAAACCGAAUGAUACUUAUUUGGACAUGCGCGAUUGGAACAAGGGGAUUGUUAUUGUGAAUGAUUUCGUUUUGGGAAGACACUUUUUCUUAGGGCCCCAACAGACGCUGUAUCUACCAGCGCCGUUUUUGACUCGAGGAGAAAAUACUAUAAUAGUUUUUGAGCAUUAUAACGCACCUGAUCAAUUGUCUUUUUCGGAUAAACCAAUAUUUGAAUUGAGAUGAAUUUGUGUAUAAAUAAAGAAAGAAAAAAAACGUAUAUAUUCUUAUUUUUAUUGUUAUUUUAUUUCAAUAAAUAAUAAUGUACUCAAACUUUUCCUUUUUCAACAUAAUUGAUUAUUUUAAAACGUUUGAUUUGAAGUUAAAGAUGAUCUUUAAGCAAUAAAUUAGUCGGCCGUUCAAAUGAGCAAAACUUAGAAGCGAAUAUACGAAGACAUGAGAAAAAAAAGGAAAAUAUGUAAUUGAAGGCGCAAAUUGAAAUUCUAAACGUUAGAAAUCAGAAUAUGCUAGAAACAGCCCGACGGACAAACGCCAACAUGGCAAAACUUUCAGGAAAGAAUCAAAACAUGGAAAAAUCGCAGGAGAAAGACGAAAAAAACGCCUCUCCUACCAUAAAAGAAGUGAAAAGAACGAAAAAUAAAAGAGAAAGUCUCGAAAAUCGAUCGCUAGAAGACCUCCCCAUGGAAAAAGAAAUAAACAACAAGACAAAGAGGAAGAAAGCGCAAAGGUAAUCCUCUGAAAAAGGAAACACAGCAUACAUCAAUAUACAUCAGAAGCUCCAAAAAAUAAGGAGAAAAAA